GUAGCUUCCCGGGGAGACGGCGCUCGUCCGGUCCCCAGGGCCCGGCGCGGCCGCCCACCGCGCGGCGCCGCCCCGAGGUCCCGGGAAGUGGACCCGCGGUUGUCCGGGCCCCCAGUCAAGCCGCGCGCCCGCCCCCUGAGGCCCCAAACCCGCGGAGAGCGCGUGGGGUGGCCGCUACGGGGUCCCAACCCGCCCGGGCUCCCUGAGCGGUCCACACAGCCCGCGCCCGGCCGCCUUCCCGGAACCGCCCACGCCGCGGGGAAGGCGGGGCCGCGGACACCCGGCGGCGCGCCCAGCGCCCCGCUAUCUGCAAUAAUUGCAGCAUCCGCCGCCGCCUGGGGCGAUGCGCCACCCGGAAACCGGCUCCGCCAGGCUACACCGCAGGCCUUUGAGCCCCUUUUCGCAUCCGUGGGGCUGAGCUGGCUGCCUGAGCCGGAGAGCUUUAGAUCCUGUUCUUCUUCCCUCUAUCAUAUUCUUAAUUAUAAAUCAUGGAGAAUCAAGAUAAAACAAUUAACCAUGAAGAUUCAGAACCAUCCACAGAGGUGAAUCACACAGCCUCCAGGUGUCAAGAAAAACAGGAGGAAACAGUUAUGAACCCCAGAGGUAUAGAUGGAAAUGAACCAACAGAAGGAAGUAACCUACUGAAUAGCAAUGAAAAAAUGCAAGAAACACCAGCUGAACCAAAUCAUUUGCAAAGACUAAGACAAACAUUUGCUUGCCCUCCACGUGGUUUACUGGAUAGAGUAAUAACAAAUGUUACCAUGGUGGUUCUUCUGUGGGCUAUAGUUUGGUCAAUUACUGGCCCUGAAUGUCUUCCUGGAGGAAACCUGUUCGGAAUUAUAAUCCUAUUCUAUUGUGCCGUCAUUGGAGGUAAACUUUUGGGGCUCAUUAAGUUACCUACAUUACCUCCACUGCCUCCCCUUCUGGGCAUGCUGCUUGCUGGGUUUCUCAUCAGAAAUAUCCCUGUCAUCAGUGAUAACGUACAGAUCAAGCACAAGUGGUCUUCUGCUUUGAGAAGCAUAGCCCUGGCUGUCAUAUUGGUUCGCGCUGGCCUUGGGCUUGAUUCAAAUGCCCUGAAGAAGUUGAAGGGUGUUUGUGUAAGAUUAUCCUUGGGUCCUUGUCUUGUGGAGGCGUGUGCAUCUGCUCUUCUUGCCCACUUCCUCAUGGGUUUACCGUGGCAAUGGGGAUUUAUGCUGGGUUUUGUUUUAGGUGCUGUAUCUCCAGCUGUCGUGGUGCCUUCAAUGCUCCUUUUGCAGGAAGGAGGCUAUGGUGUUGAAAAAGGCGUCCCGACCUUACUCAUGGCUGCUGGCAGCUUCGAUGAUAUUCUGGCCAUCACUGGCUUCAACACCUGCCUGGGCAUGGCCUUUUCCACAGGCUCCACAGUUUUUAAUGUCCUCAAAGGAGUUUUGGAGGUGGUAAUUGGUAUGGCAACUGGAUUGCUUCUUGGAUUUUUUAUUCAGUAUUUUCCAAGCAGUGACCAGGACAAGCUCGUGUGGAAGAGAGCAUUCCUGGUCUUGGGGCUGUCUGUGCUGGCUGUGUUCAGCAGCCUGUAUUUUGGUUUCCCUGGGUCAGGAGGACUGUGCACGCUGGUCCUGGCUUUCCUUGCAGGCAAGGGAUGGGCCAGCGCAAAGGCAGACGUUGAAAAGGUUAUAGCAGUUGCCUGGUUCAUCUUUCAGCCCCUUCUCUUUGGACUGAUUGGAGCAGAGGUAUCCAUUACAUCUCUCAGACCAGAAACUGUAGGCCUUUGUGUUGCCACCCUGGGCAUUGCAGUAUUGAUACGAAUUUUGGCUACAUAUCUGCUGGUGUGUUUUGCUGGUUUUAACUUUAAGGAAAAGAUAUUUAUUUCUUUUGCAUGGCUUCCAAAGGCCACAGUCCAGGCUGCAAUAGGAUCUGUGGCUUUGGACACAGCAAGAUCACAUGGAGAGAAACAGUUAGAAGGAUAUGGAAUGGAUGUGUUGACAGUGGCAUUUUUGGCCAUCCUCAUCACAGCCCCAAUUGGAAGUCUACUUAUUGGUUUGCUAGGCCCCAGACUUCUCCAGAAAGCUGAACAUCAAAAUAAAGAUGAAGAAGAUCAAGGAGAGACUUCUAUACAGGUUUAGAGGUGAAAAGAGAGAAUGCUGAAUAUAGUCAUCAGAAAGCUGCUCUCGGAGGCUACUUUUAUCAACUAGCAGAGGCUACUUUUAUCCAUGUGGAUAUUGACAUAUGUAAUGUUUAAGCUUAAAAUAUACUAGAACCAAAGUGUGGCUAUUUCUUUAAACAGCAUUUUUAGUCAUUACCCUUUCCAUAUGGGGGGACGGGGGUAAUGUUCUACAUCUCCAACCUGAUCUCUACCUUCUUUUUUUUUUUCACACACCUAUUCAUCAUUAUAUCUUAAUUUUUAUAGGGACAUAUACACUUGAAUGUACUACCACAAUUUAAUUUCAGUGUCCUGUUCUGCUAGCCAACAGCAUGCUCUGACUUACUAUUACCAUCACAGUUUCAUGAUUCAUGGUCACCUAGCCUCUCAUGCCUUGAAUUGUUUUGGGCUCCUCUUUUCUUUUUUUAAAAUACCAUAAUACAAUCCCUCAUCAAUUUCUACAACAGCCUCAUGAAUAUCAUAUUAAUCAGGGUAAGGUAAGCUGCUAUAAUGAAGAAAUGAAACAUGAAAUACUUAAAUAGAGAAAUUUAUUUCCCUCUUAUGAAACCAGCUGACAGGGUUACUCUGCUCAUGCGGUCUACUCAGAGACCCAUGUCCUUCUGUCUUGAGGCUCUGCCAUGCCCUAGCUUAGGACAAAGGUUAUAGAUGUCUGUCCCCUUUCUAAUCCUCGGGAAGAAGGAAAAAAGAAAGUCCAAGGCAAGCAAUU